ACCACCCCUACCGGUUUGUCUUUUCUGUAGGGCUCUGGUAGUAUUAGAUUGGCCAAUCAACACGUGUUGGAGUGGAUGGAUGGUAGCUAGCUACAUUCUAAAUCAAUUACUUUUUUUAAAAUUAGAGAUUUGAAGGAAAAAAAUCUAUGUCUAAUACAUUGACAAUUUAAAGUCAAGUUCGAAGACUUACCGUUUGACCGCAGUGCACCAUUUAUUUUUGAGCGCAGAGAGAGGGGGUGUCAACAGUUUAAUGAAAUAGCUGCGUGCUCCUCAAACAGUGGUUGAUGUAUGGAGUGAAAUAACAGCCCUACUCCUACCCAGUGCCACAAUGAAGUACAUCCUGGUCACUGGUGGCGUCAUCUCUGGCAUCGGGAAGGGGAUCAUCGCCUCCAGCGUGGGAACCAUUCUCAAGUCAUGUGGUCUGCGCGUCACUGCCAUCAAGAUCGACCCCUACAUCAACAUAGACGCUGGGACCUUCUCUCCGUACGAGCACGGUGAGGUGUUUGUGCUGGAUGAUGGGGGUGAGGUGGAUCUGGACCUGGGGAACUACGAGAGGUUCCUGGACAUCAGACUGACCAAAGACAACAACCUGACCACUGGCAAGAUCUACCAGUCUGUCAUCAACAAGGAGAGGAGAGGAGACUACCUGGGGAAGACUGUACAGGUGGUGCCCCACAUCACUGAUGCCAUCCAGGAGUGGGUGAUGCGUCAGGCUAGAGUACCUGUUGACGAUGACGGUGUGGAGCCUCAGAUCUGUGUCAUCGAGCUAGGAGGCACCGUGGGAGACAUCGAGAGCAUGCCUUUCAUCGAAGCCUUCAGGCAGUUCCAGUUUAAGGUGAAGAGGGAGAACUUUUGUAACAUCCACGUCAGCCUGGUACCACAGCCCAGUGCCACAGGAGAGCAGAAGACCAAGCCCACUCAGAACAGUGUCAGAGAGCUCAGGGGACUGGGCCUGUCUCCUGAUCUGAUCAUGUGUCGCUGCUCCACUCCCCUGGAGAACUCUGUCAAAGAGAAGAUCUCCAUGUUCUGUCACGUAGAACCUGAACAGGUGAUCUGCGUGGCAGACGUGUCGUCCAUCUACAGAGUGCCUUUGCUACUGGAGGACCAGGGGGUGGUAGGAUACUUCUGUCAGAGACUAGACCUUCCUAUAGAGACACGCCCCAGGAAGAUGCUUACCAAGUGGAAGGAGAUGUCUGACAGGUCAGACAGGCUCCUAGAGCAGUGUUCUAUAGCCCUGGUGGGGAAAUACACCAAGUUCACAGACUCCUACGCGUCAGUCAUCAAAGCUCUGGAACACUCGGCCCUAGCCAUCAACCACAAACUGGAGAUCAAGUAUAUUGACUCAGCAGACCUGGAGCCAAACACACUGACGGAGGAGCCCGUGAAGUACCACGAGGCGUGGCAAAAACUCUGCAGUGCUGAUGGCAUCCUGGUACCUGGGGGGUUUGGAGUCAGAGGAACAGAAGGGAAGAUUCAGGCUAUCAACUGGGCACGCAAACAGAAGAAACCCUUCCUAGGUGUGUGUCUAGGGAUGCAGCUGGCUGUGUGUGAGUUUGCCAGGAACAUGCUAGGCUGGGAAGAUGCCAACUCAACAGAGUUUGAUCCCGAAUCAAAGCAUCCUGUGGUGAUUGACAUGCCAGAACACAAUCCUGGGCAAAUGGGCGGGACCAUGAGGCUGGGAAAGAGACGGACCAUUUUCAAGACCACCAACAGUAUUCUAAGACGACUUUACGGAGAUGUUGAGUAUGUGGAUGAGAGACACAGACAUCGCUUUGAGGUGAACCCAGAGUUGAAGGAGCACUUUGAGGGGAAAGGCUUUCACUUUGUGGGUCAAGACAUAGAAGGCGAGCGAAUGGAAAUCAUUGAGCUAGACGAUCAUCCCUAUUUCGUAGGGGUGCAGUAUCAUCCUGAGUUCACCUCUCGCCCCAUCAAACCAUCGCCUCCCUACUUUGGCCUCCUGCUGGCAUCAGCCGGGAAACUACAGAGCUACCUGCACAAGGGCUGCCGUCUGUCUCCACGGGACACGUACAGUGAUCGGAGUGGUAGCAGCACCCCAGACUCCGAAAUAGCUGAGUGCUCCAUCUCACAGGAAUGAAUGUGACUGCGGAACACAAGGGGUGAAAGAAACAAUGAAGAGGAUCGUCACAAGUCAAGGGAUGGAAUGGCUUUUUUUUUUUAAGACAUUUUUCCUGACCUUCCUGAACUGAUGAACUGAAAGGGAUUGUUUAGUAUUUUUCUAUAUGCUCGUGACAACGAUCAUGAAAUUGACCUCUUUGUACUGUUUGACAAUCAUAGUACAUUGAGUACGUAACUGUAUAAUACAUGGUUCUUUUGUGACUUUCAUUUAUAUGCAGUCUUGAAUAUGUAUAAUUAUCUUUGUCUGAUAAGGAAGUGACUGCUGUUUCUUCCACCUUUAUUUAUCCAGAAUAAAAUCCCUUGAUAGCUUCAAGGUAGAAUUGUAUGCAUUUUAGUGACAAGCAUACAGGACUGGACUGUAAGAAAGAUGAACAAACCAAUGGAUUGGUCAGGAUUUGUCCAAUCUCUGGACAUAUAUUAUGCAUACUUGUGUAAUAGCAGUAUUCUGGGGGACUGGGUCUUUUAGUUUCAUUGAGUUAAGAACGUACAACCUGUUUUAUAUUGAUGUGAUAGUGUUACUCAGCCACUGAAUUUGCUUUGUGAAAUGAUAUUAAUGUGAAAUUAAUAUUACUGGUAGUACAAUGGAUGUUGAACCCUUUUGUCAGUGAAGAUUGCAUGUGAUGUUGCCUCAAUUCAAUCCAGACAGGUUUAUAGAUCUCUGAUUACUGAAAUGAAGAGCAGGAUGAUCCUCCUUUACAUGCUUUGCUCAUUAGGCAUUUGAUCAAGAUGUUGUAUACAUUGGGUUGAAUUCAUGAAUAGGAAUGACUGUUCCAGGCAAAUUGGGUACUUAAUUCAACUCAAUUACAUUUAGCAGUGGUGUCCUCAGGUUUGUGGACUGGCACUAGUCAACUAUAGCAGGUAGUGUUUACAAUCAACCCCUAUAAAGGGAGACACUGAGUUAAGUGACAAAUUGUUUCAGGUAAGCUACGGGGAAAAUAUAAUUAAAAAGCCCCAUCAAUGACAUUUUUUGCUAGGAAGUUAAAUCUGCUGUACCUGUGCCAAAACGCAGACAUGGCUCCUCUAGCUUGUUCAUCUAGAAGUGAUGAGACAAAUAUGGUGAGCAAUGUUUGGAACAUUGAAUCGCAAUACAUCAGCACCAAGGUCCCUGGUUUAAAAAUAAAAAGUUACCUGCCCGUCAGAACUUUACACCUCAAUUUGGUCUGUAUUGAUUUAACAUAACUUGGUAUAGUUGGGAGAGAAUAAAAGCUGUGAGCUUUCAAAGAGCCAUGAAAUGGGAUUCACCGAAAAGCCUAUGACUAGACCUACUCUGAAAAGGCCAUGCAAUUUCCUACUAAAACUAUUCAAAUAAAGCAUGAACUCCAGACUUAA